UAUAAUAUUAAAGAUGGUGUUUUGAGAAGAAUAAUUGUGAUCCUUCCAUUCGCGUGUUUGGCUUCAUUUUCGCUUCAACGCUGCAGUGCACACAAAACAUGUGAUUCUCACACAGCCACAUGCAAACAAGGACAGCGUGUGUUCCGUGACUCUGUAACUUCUCCGAGUCUUCUUCACUUCAACUUCAACCUCUCUUCCAUGGCCUCCGUCACGGCUUUUCUAGCCUCACCCGUCGGUGCCCGCUUCGCAGUGCGGGCGACCCUGGACGGUGGAGCCUCCACGGUGGCAGCGGUGAGCGGAGCCUCCGUGUUGGUGAAGGAGGAGGCGAAGGUGCGGUUGUUGCGCGUUGAAGAGAAGAAACAACGUUUGGCACCUCUUUGGGAUGAUGGAUAUGGGAGAAGGAGCGUGCAGGAUUACUUUGUUGCUGCUAAGGACAUGUGUUUAUCCGAUGGGGGCCCACCGAGGUGGUUUUGCCCCGUCGAAUGUGGGCCUCCUUUCAAGGAUUCUCCCACUCUUCUGUUCUUGCCUGGGAUGGAUGGCACCGGAUUGGGUCUCACUUUGCACCAUCAAGCUCUUGGGAAGGCUUUUGAAGUUCGAUGCUUGCAUAUUCCGGUUCAUGAUCGAACACCAUUUGAAGGCUUGGUGAAACUUGUUGAAGAAGCUGUUAAGUUUGAAUAUGCUUUGUCUCCAAAUAAACCAAUCUAUCUGGUUGGUGAUUCUUUUGGUGGAUGUCUAGCACUUGCUGUUGCUGCUCGAAAUCCAACAGUUGACCUAGUACUGAUAUUAGCCAAUCCAGCUACAUCGUUUGGCCAAUCUCAGUUGCAACCUUUGUUUCCUAUUGUGGAAUCUUUGCCUGAUGAACUGCAUGUUGCUGUUCCCUUUCUUCUUAGUUUUAUUAUGGGUGAUCCAGUGAAGAUGGCAUCAGUCAAUGUCGGAAAUAGGCUUCCUCCUGCCAAAAAAUUUGAACAAUUGUCAUACAACCUUACUGCAUUGCUGCCGUGUCUUCCUGAGCUGGCUAAUAUUAUACCAAGGGAUACUCUUCUUUGGAAGCUGAAACUUCUCAAAUCAGCUGCUGCAUAUGCUAAUUCACGUCUUCAUGCUGUUAGAGCUGAAGUACUUGUGCUUGCUAGUGGUAAGGAUAACAUGCUUCCCAGCGAGAAUGAAGCUCGAAGACUCGCAGGAUUACUGCAAAACUGCAAAGUUCGUAACUUUAAGGACAGUGGACACACCCUUCUCCUGGAAGAUGGUAUUGGUCUGCUGACAAUCAUCAAGGGAACUUGCAUGUAUCGUCAUUCAAGAAUGCAUGAUUUGGUCAGGGAUUUCAUUCCUCCCAGUAUGACAGAAUAUAGAUAUGCAAUGGAUCAAGUUGUUGGAUCAUUUCGUUCUGUUACUGGAUCUGUAUUUUUCUCAACCUUGGAGGAUGGAAAAAUUGUGAAAGGUCUCUCUGGUGUUCCAGAUGAAGGUCCUGUCUUAUAUGUUGGUUAUCACAUGCUCUUGGGGUUAGAGCUUAUCUCACUUAUAGACGAAUUUUUAAGUGAGAAGGGUAUUGCGCUUCGUGGAAUAGCCCAUCCUGAGCUGUUUAUGCCUAAAGUGGAGAGUAUGUCUUCUGAGUUUUCUAUGUUUGAUUGGGUGAAGAUAUUUGGUGGGGUGCCUGUUUCAGCAAGCAAUCUUUUUAGAUUACUUUCAACAAAAUCACAUGUUCUCCUAUAUCCCGGUGGUGCGCGUGAGGCUCUCCAUUAUAAGGGGGAAGAAUACAAGUUGAUUUGGCCUGAUCAUCCAGAAUUUGUGAGAAUGGCAGCACGAUUUGGUGCUACAAUUGUGCCAUUCGGAGCUGUAGGCGAAGAUGAUAUAGCUGAUUUCGUUCUUGACUACAAUGACUUAAUGAAGAUCCCCAUAGUUAACGAUCACAUCAGAAAUAUGAAUCGUGACUCAGUUAAUUUUAGAGAUGAAACAAGUGGUGAGGUAGCAAACCAAAAUCUCUCUUUUCCGGUGCUUCUACCCAAAAUACCAGGUCGAUUUUACUAUCUAUUUGGGAAGCCUGUAAGAACAAAAGGCAUGGAUAAGAUGCUGAAAGACAGAGAAAUUGCCAACAAAAUGUACCUGCAGAUUAAGUCAGAAGUUGAAAGCAAUUUACAUUACUUGCUCAAAAAGAGGGAGGAGGAUCCAUACAGGAAUAUCGUCGAUAGGAAAAUAUAUCAGAUAUUCUAUCCUCCUGAAACUGAUCCAAGCCCAUCAUUUAAGCCCUGAAAAAUGUUGAUAAAUAAUACUGAUUUUUAUGUAAUCAUAAAUUAUUUUUAAACAGAUACAUGUACAUGAUCAUCAAAUUUAGUAUAUAUCAUUUUUAUGUAAUCAUAACUAUUUUUAGACAGAUGUACCAAAGAGGGUGCAAACACAAGCGAGGCAAAAUGGCUUCCAAAAUCAACUUGAGUAUAUAUCAUUUGGUUACUAUUUCUCAA